GCAUCCAGGAAAUACCAGGCGGGGAAUAAGAAAAGUAACACCAUGCGAGAUUCCUUCCUGCGAUUUUAAUAGGUUUAAAUGUGUAAAAACAGAAGUUUAAUCUGCUAAAUCGUUACAGCUUGUAGUUGGGAAGUUUUGGAUUUAUUUGGAAGAGUUUCCGUGUUUGUCUGAGUAUGUUGUGAAUAACGACAGAAAAACGGAUUUGGCCCUCACGCGGGCGUUCAAGCUAACUGUUGUGUUUGCGGUGAUGCUGGGUUGGUUGUUCUCUAGUUGACGGUAAAUGUUUGCCUUUUAAGCGAAAAUGUCUGGCUUUAACUUUGGAUCGGGGACACUUGGGUCCACCAACACGGGUGGAGGAUUUGCCUUUGGUGCCGCAAGCAGCGCGCCUGCUGCCAGUACCGCUGGCUUCUCUUUCGGGACUGCUCUGGGUACACCAGCAGCAGCCUCUGCUUCCACCACCAGCACCACCCCAGCUCUUGGCCUAGGAGGUAGUCUUUUUGGUCAGAAACCUCCUGGAGGAUUCUCUUUCAAUACACCUGCCUCAAGUGCUGCUGCACCCACUACUGGCCUUACGUUAGGUGCCCCAGCUACCACAGCUACUACUGGCUUUAGCUUGGCUUUCAACAAGCCCACCGCCUCAGCAACACCUUUCUCCCUCACCACCACUACCACGUCCUCGACAGUCCCUGCUGGGGCAGGUUUAACAUUUGGCUCUGUCCUGACAUCUACAGCUCCCCAGCAGCCUGCAGCCGCGGCUUUCACGCUUGGUCUAGGUGGCACAACCACCACUACAGCAGCUGCAGCAGGCCCAUCACUGGGUGGGGGCCUCUUCUCUAACACUGUGUCUACAGGUUUGGGUCAAACCACUCUUGGAGGAGGGGGCGGAUUAACGUUAGGUUCCCUGUUGGCAACGUCCACAGCAGCAGCAGCAGCAGCAGCCCCUGCCCCAAGUAUUGGCUUGGGUGGAGUCGACUUCAGUACAUCUUCUGAGAAUAAGAGCGACACAUCAUCUGGAGCCAAUGCACAGGACAGUAAAGCUUUAAAAGAUGAGAACCUCCCCCCUGUUAUUUGUCAGGAUGUUGAGAAUUUUCAAAAAUUUGUGAAAGAGCAGAAGCAAGUUCAGGAGGACAUAAGCAGGAUGUCAUCAAAGGCCAUUUCUAAAGUCCAAGAUGACAUCAAGAACCUCAAACAGCUUCUCUCUGUCAGUGCCAGUGGUCUGCAGCGCCAAGCUCUGGCUAUUGACAAACUGAAGUUGGAGACGGCACAGGAGCUGAAAAAUGCUGACAUUGCACUGCGUACACAGAAGACACCUCCUGGACUUCAGCAUGAGAACACAGCUCCAUCAGAUUAUUUCCGUAGCCUGGUAGAGCAGUUUGAGGUGCAAUUGCAGCAAUAUCGGCAGCAGAUAGAAGAACUUGAAAAUCAUCUGACAACGCAGAGCAGUGGCUCCCACAUCACUCCUCAGGAUUUGACAUUGGCCAUGCAGAAGUUGUACCAAACAUUUGUUGCACAGGCUGCCCAGCUCCAGUCUGUCCAUGAAAAUGUAAAGAUUUUGAAGCACCAGUACCUUUCCUACCGCAGAGCCUUCCUGGAAGACUCCACUGAUGUCUUUGAGUCCAAACGGGCAUCUAACAGGAAAUGGCAGAGUGCGUCGCGAGUCACAACGGGGCCCGCCCCAUUCUCCAGUGUGCCCAAUGCUGCAGCUGUUGCCAUGGCAGCCACGUUGACCCAGCAACAGCAGCCAACUCCAGGUUUUGGUGGUGGGCCAGGAUUUGGUGGGGUGGGGACUGGGGGGUCUUCUUUUGCCUUCUCCUCCACCAGUAAGCCCACAGGAGGCAGUCUGAGUGCAGGUUUUGGUAGCAGCAGCAGCUCAGGCUUUAACUUCAGUAACCCUGGCAUCAACCCCUCAGCCGGCCUGACCUUUGGCGUGUCCAACCAACCUGCUGUAGGCUUUGGCACUGGAACGCCCCUACUCCAGCUGAAGAAGCCCCCUGCUGGUAACAAAAGGGGCAAGAGAUAGAAAUGAGAGAAGACAGAACCCUGUGACUGAGCAGCUGACCAGCUUAGGGGCUUGUAGCAAGUAAGGUCUGGUCUCUCAAAAGCAUAUAAGCAGCGCUCAAAUGAUCAUUAGAUUAUAGAACAGAGGAAAUGCAAAUUUGAGGAAAACAUCAGGGAAGUGCUUGGACUUAUGUCACAGAAACAGAGGACUACUGUUUUCAAAUCAUUAGGAGGUAUAUGCUCAGUAAUCAUGAAGAAAAAAAAUCCUAUUGACCAACCAGCAUUCUUUCAUUCACUAGUCUGUGAUGUCCACUGUUCUACAUUGAUUUGAUUCCAUUGCGGUCACCCACAUGCACAGUUUCCUCUUUCAUUCAUUACAACAAUGAAGUUAGAUUUAUACUAGUACUUUAUACUCAGUCACUUUGACCACCAAAUGUCAGAAACUGGAAUUAUCCAUUGAGUACAUGACAAGCUUAUUUUUUUAGCAGGGUCAUUGUUACUUCUGGUAAGAAAAGUGGGACCAAAUCAAUCAAUACAGUCAACAGUGGCAUGUAAACAAAGGAUACAAUAGUAUUUGUUCAUUUAAUCUUAAGGCCAUUUGCAUUGCCUCAAAAAGUUCUCUGUACUCUCUGGUCUGUGGUGCCACAGUGCUUUUGGGAAUGCCAGAUAAGGACAGAGCCGGCUCAGUUUCAAAUCAUUCACUUAUCUGUGAGGAGUUGCUUUCAUCUGAAUAUUGUAAAAGAUAAACAUGUUUUUUGCGCUUUGAGGUGGACAGUCUAGUCGGUUCCAUUGUCUGUCAAUCACAGAGCUGCACUUGAAUGCUUCUCAAAUGAUGACUUGGCUCAAGUCUUGUCCAGAGAAGGGGGAGAUAAGGUAAAGGGAAAGGAGCUUAUGGAGUGAUAGUUGGCUGGGAACAGCAUAGUCCCUGUCUGAAAGUGUCAAUAGGGAGUAUUAUCUGAUUCUAGAUAGUUUUAUACACAGGAGUGUCGAGGGUGGGUUUUUGGGGAAGCACAGUUUUAUUUUUGUAUCAAGUAAAGAAAAAGCUGCCAUUCGCGAUGGGGUAGAGGGGGACUAGCGCCUUGUGACAGUCCAUUAUCUAGUCCACACAGCCUGUGUUGUUUUGCUACAAUCCAUCCUUAUCAUUGUUUAAUAUUUACUUUUAGACAGACUUUGUUUGCCCCUGUGUACUAUUGUAAGAACUUGGGAUAGGAAUCGCUGUACUCUUUGUAUUACUUGGCCCCCAUUCGAUGUUAAGUUAAAUCUGAAAGGGAUUUCACAGUGCAUAUUCUACCUACUCAAUUUAUACAUGUGCUAGAACAAAUUUGCACUCGCCAGUGUAUGUGACCUGACAGUGAUUGCGUGAAUGUGCAUGUGUGCCUAUCGCACAAGUUUGAAUUUGUCUCUGUUGUCUGUCAUGAUACUUUUGAGUGUUGGGGUUGGUCCAGGGGAUAUUCUGCUUUUUUAAAGUGUCCAUGUCACUUCAGUUACCAAAUACUGGUAAUUGUACUAUUAUUUUCUAAUCACAGUCUGUGGAAUCCUGUAUUUUCAAGAAGCUGUUUAUUAAUAAAAUCUUCAAUAUGA